GUAUAGUGUAUUGGCCUGGUUACCAAAAGGAAUGCAUAAAUUUUGUGUAAAGGGUAAAUUUAGUUAAAAACUGUUGAUUUUCAGGGAUUAUCAGCCAGUACGAACCAGCUUUUCUUGAGGAAAAUACCUAAAAAGUAUAAAUACAAAUCAAGAUUUAAACUUAUUUAAAUCAAGGUUUCCUGCUUCUGAAUUAAAUCAAUCCACACUAUUGGUGAUGGGCUCUUCUUUCCCUUUUAAAUGUUUUUGUUCAUAUUGUAGGUUGGGUGUAGGGCUUGGAUGUCUUUGACUCACAGUCCUUUUAGAAAUGUUUAUUAUAAAACAGCAUCCACCACUUGUAAAACCAAUUAGCAACAUAUCAGGUUUUAAAGAAAAAUAACCCUGGUCCAAACUCACUGUUGGCAUAAGUGAGCAUAACACCACUGAUUUACAAAGCCUUCAAAAUUAUAGUAGUAACAAAACCAUUCACUGCAAACUCCACAACCUACUUGGCCUCGUAUCUUUAACUAUCCCACUUGGUCAUCAUCUAUAUGAGAAAAAAUCAGUAUGCAGUAAUGAUACUAUUAUUUAAGUUUAAACUCUAUUCAAGGAUGUUAAAAAUUGGGAUGUGUUUUAGGGGUUAGGGCUGGACUGAGGACAACUCGGGUCUGUUCUUGGCUCUGCCUCUGAUUCAUUGACUGAUAUGGUACAAAUUACUUAGCCAUUUUCUUCUGCAAUUUACCUAUCUGUAAAAGGAAUAAAAUACAUGCCUACCUAACAGUGGAAUCCAAUCUCAAAAAAAUCUGCUGAUUUUUACACCAUGUUUAAUUUAUGUGUGGAACUCACUGCCAACAAAAUAUCACUAAGGACCAGUACUUAGGAUUCAAAGCAUGAUUGCACUUUUACAUGGAUAAGAACAUUCAUAGUUAUUUAAGGUAGGAUAAAAGUUUUAGGACAUCCACCAUCAUCCUUUAGAGCAUAAGCCAACCGCUAAGGUUAAGAAGAAUCUUCUCCCCCUUGGCAGGUUAUUACAUAAUUUUCCAUUGCGGUAUUCCUUGUGCUCUCUUUUGACCAUCUGGUACUGGCCAUUUAUGUGCACCAGACAUGAUACCAGAAUAAUGGAACAAUAGUCUGGAAUGGUAUGGCAAUUCCUAUAUUCCUUAUUUAAUUGUUUGCACAGUACAUAGAUAUCCUGGGGUGCUGUAGUCACACUUAUUGAAGCAUGACUUCCCUUUUAUUACAAAAAGUACAGUGAUUUGUUUAAAGAAUGUUUCCAGUGUUACUUUUACUUUCAAAUGGUGCCUAAAAAUCAUUAUAUACAACUUUUAACAAAAUCAACACAGGAACUUUUACUGUGUAUAUUGAUGCUUCUUAUGAGCUGUCAUUUUAGUCAACUGGAAAGUCCCCCUCCCACAGAAAGAUAGGAAAGUGAUUUUUUGUGUAUUCUGCUGAGUUUCCCUGUUGACAAUCCCAAGACUCCACAUGUAUGGCUGCUCAGUUACCCUCCCAAUUUUAGAUGUUGAAUUAAUAGGAGGUCUUGUAACUCCAAAGCUAAUGAGUCCCAUAGAGUUUUGAUUCCUGACAAUAAGUGCCACUUGCGGAAAGUUUUCUGCAGUGUUGUGGAUGGUUUUGUGGCUAAGGCAUCAGAGUAGGAUUCAGGAGAUAUGAUCUUGAGCAAAUCAUCUUUCUUUACUUGUUCCUCAUUUGCAAAAUGGAGAUUAUAGUAAUUUGCUACCUCACCAGAGUAUUGUGAAUAUAAAUUUAUUAAUAUCUGUGAGGUGCUGACAGGGAAACACUGUCAUAAAUAUAAAAUGUCACUGUUUUUGAGCAUAGUGGAUACAAAGCAAACAGCAUUAAGACUGGAAAAAAUAUCAUGACUGUUACAUAUUGACAGUCUGUGUGGCUUUGCAGAGUGUAAACUGACAACCUAGAAGGUAAUGAGACUGCAGCAGCACUUUCAAACCGUCCUCUGCUGAAAGUAAAAAUCAAAGAGUUUGUUGCUGAUCUACAGUGGGUUUGCCUAUUAUCUGUGAGUCUAUUUUAGUUCUCAACCCCAUCGAAUCCUAAUCAGUUGAUAAGAGAGGAAAAAAAAGGUUAGCGCUGAGUCGAGCUUUGGCUCACUUGUACUUCCCGCUAUACAGAAAAUGAUGACAUGACAGCGAUUCUCCCAUGGUGCCCUUCAAAUAAUAACAAAGUGACUUGUCCUAUGCGAUACUGUCACAUACUUAUGGAGGGAUGUAGACUGCUGACUACAGAGCUUUGUUUGUACCAGGUGUGUUCAUCCGCGUGCUCUGCCCAGCAGGCCUAAACUUCAUUUAAAUAAGGUCUUUUAUGCACAGCGCCCCCUGGUGGGUGAACAGUAGAAGAUAGUUUAACUUUCCAUGGCACAAGUUACACUGAAAUCCCACCCAGGCUGGCUGGCUGGGGUGCGGGGCAGGGGAGGAGCUGUUCUGAGAGGGGAACUUGCUGCCUCCUAUCAUGUCGCAUCAGGUGUAGGGCAGUUCUCCAAGCCUCUCACCAGACCCACUCCUCAUGUUUAGGGGCGGCGGGGGGAGAGGCUCAGAGUCGGUCUCUGGGGAGCGAGGUUUGGGCUGAGCGUUUCAGGGGGGCAUUUUCCCUCCCCCAGCUUCCGAGCCCUGGGCCAGGACCAGCAGCUCGCUCCGGGCAGGCGGGCCAGCCCUCCGCGGGCUCUUUAAAAGAAGCGGAACGGUCCCGCGGCACCUGUGUUGUAGCGGGGGCAGAUUUCAUUGCCGCACGGCGGGUCCUUCGCGCGGUGCGUCCGCCGGCUGCCGAGUCCCUCCCGGCUCAGGUCUCUGCCGCGCUCGCCAUGGACGCGUUAGCGGCAGAGCUGGGGGCUCUGACCCCGGAGCAGGCAGCGGCUCCCGUGAACACGGUGGAGGAAAAAUGGAGACUUCUUCCAGCUUUUCUAAAGGUGAAAGGACUUGUGAAGCAGCACAUAGACUCAUUCAACUAUUUCAUCAAUGUAGAGAUAAAGAAAAUCAUGAAAGCCAAUGAAAAAGUCACAAGUGAUGCUGACCCAAUGUGGUAUUUAAAAUACCUCAAUAUUUAUGUGGGAGUUCCAGAUGUUGAAGAAAGCUUUAAUGUAACAAGACCUGUGUCUCCUCAUGAGUGUCGCUUGAGAGAUAUGACGUACUCUGCCCCAAUUACAGUGGACAUUGAGUACACUAGAGGUAGCCAGAGGAUUAUUCGCAAUGCAUUACCCAUUGGCAGAAUGCCUAUAAUGCUGCGCAGCUCCAACUGUGUUCUUACUGGGAAAACUCCAGCAGAGUUUGCCAAACUUAAUGAAUGCCCUUUAGAUCCAGGUGGCUACUUCAUUGUCAAAGGUGUAGAGAAAGUAAUUCUUAUUCAAGAGCAGUUAUCCAAAAACAGGAUCAUUGUGGAAGCUGAUAGAAAAGGGACAGUUGGUGCUUCUGUUACCAGUUCCACUCAUGAGAAGAAGAGCAGAACAAAUAUGAUUGUCAAACAAGGAAGAUUUUACCUGAGGCAUAACACACUGUCAGAAGAUAUUCCCAUUGCUAUUAUAUUUAAGGCCAUGGGUGUUGAGAGUGACCAAGAGAUUGUGCAGAUGAUUGGUACAGAAGAGCAUGUGAUGGCUGCAUUUGGUCCCAGUUUGGAAGAAUGCCAAAAAGCUCAGAUUUUUACACAGAUGCAGGCAUUAAAGUACAUAGGAAACAAGGUACGAAGGCAGAGGAUGUGGGGAGGCCCAAAGAAAACGAAGAUGGAGGAAGCGCGAGAGCUGCUAGCAUCAACCAUCCUGACACACGUUCCUGUAAAAGAAUUUCAUUUCCGUGCCAAAUGUAUCUACACAGCAGUGAUGGUCCGCAGGGUAAUUCUGGCCCAAGGAGAAAACAAAGUAGAUGACAGAGACUAUUAUGGAAACAAGCGAUUGGAAUUGGCUGGGCAGCUUCUUUCCCUUCUCUUUGAAGAUUUGUUCAAAAAAUUUAACUCUGAAAUGAAAAAGAUUGCUGAUCAGGUAAUUCCAAAGCAGAGAGCAGCCCAGUUUGAUGUAGUGAAGCAUAUGCGUCAAGAUCAGAUCACCAAUGGCAUGGUAAAUGCCAUCUCUACUGGAAAUUGGUCACUGAAAAGAUUCAAAAUGGACCGCCAAGGUGUGACACAGGUGUUGUCCCGCUUGUCUUAUAUAUCUGCUCUGGGAAUGAUGACAAGAAUCUCUUCUCAGUUUGAAAAGACAAGAAAAGUGAGUGGCCCCCGAUCUCUUCAGCCAUCUCAGUGGGGUAUGCUUUGCCCAUCAGACACUCCUGAAGGAGAGGCUUGUGGUUUGGUUAAAAACCUAGCUCUGAUGACUCACAUUACUACGGAUAUGGAAGAUGGCCCGAUUAUUAAAUUAGCCAGUAACCUUGGAGUAGAAGAUGUAAACUUACUAUGUGGAGAAGAACUUUCAUAUCCAAAUGUGUUCCUUGUCUUCCUUAAUGGUAACAUCCUUGGUGUCAUUCGAGACCAUCCGAAACUAGUUCACACGUUUCGGCUAAUGCGGCGAGCAGGUUAUAUCAAUGAAUUUGUUUCAAUCUCCACGAAUCUUGCCGACAGAUGUGUCUACAUUUCCUCUGAUGGAGGAAGAUUGUGCAGACCCUAUAUAAUUGUAAAGAAGCAAAAACCUGCAGUUACAGACAAGCAUAUGGAAGAACUUGCUCAGGGAUACAGGAAUUUUGAAGAUUUUUUGCAUGAAGGCCUAGUUGAAUAUUUGGACGUGAAUGAGGAAAAUGACUGCAACAUUGCACUGUAUGAACAUACAAUUACUAAAGAUACAACACACUUGGAGAUUGAACCUUUCACACUUCUUGGCGUCUGUGCUGGGCUUAUUCCAUAUCCUCACCAUAACCAGUCCCCAAGAAACACAUACCAGUGUGCUAUGGGGAAGCAAGCAAUGGGUACCAUUGGAUACAAUCAACGGAACAGAAUUGAUACUCUUAUGUAUCUAUUAGCAUAUCCACAAAAGCCAAUGGUUAAAACAAAAACCAUUGAACUGAUAGAGUUUGAGAAACUGCCAGCUGGACAGAAUGCCACAGUUGCUGUGAUGAGCUACAGUGGUUAUGAUAUUGAAGAUGCUCUUGUCUUAAACAAGGCCUCCUUGGACAGAGGAUUUGGAAGGUGUCUUGUGUAUAAGAAUGCCAAGUGUACACUGAAGCGCUACACAAAUCAGACAUUCGACAAAGUGAUGGGUCCAAUGUUGGAUGCAGCUACACGUAAACCAAUUUGGCGUCAUGAAAUUUUAGAUGCUGAUGGCAUAUGCUCUCCAGGUGAAAAGGUAGAAAACAAACAAGUGCUUGUGAACAAGUCCAUGCCAACUGUGACCCAGACUCCUCUGGAAGGAAGUAAUGUUCCUCAACAGCCACAGUAUAAAGAUGUACCAGUAACAUACAAAGGAGCAACUGAUUCAUAUAUUGAGAAAGUAAUGAUCUCUUCAAAUGCAGAGGAUGCUUUUUUGAUCAAAAUGUUGUUGAGACAAACUAGACGUCCAGAAAUUGGAGAUAAAUUUAGCAGUCGUCAUGGACAAAAAGGCGAGUCUACAGGCAGAGAAGAUGAUGGGAGAGGCACCACGAGGAGAGGGUGCACGGCUGGCAGACCUAAUCCCUGUGACAGCCAGCGGAAGGCACUGCUAUGCUAGUUACCUACCUCACAAAUUAGCGUACGCCCAACUUUUUACAAGACAACAGGCAGGCUUUGCCAAGAUCCUCCAAAAAGCAGACCAUCUUCCAAAUCACAUGCAGCAAGUGAAUUAACUUUUUGUUUUCUUUAUAUUAACAGUUUUUCUUGAUUCAGUGAGAAGGACAUUGUUUAAAGCUCUGUAUUGUUAAACUCUCCUCUGAAGUCUUCUCACCUCUUGAAGUGUAGGUGGAGUUAAACUGAGGCAACUCAUGUGUAAUCAUAGCUUUUAAACAUCUAAAUAAGCAGAAUGAGAUCAGGAAAGCCACAUUUUCAAGUGACUUCACAUAUUUUCUAUAUUCUUGUGGAGUGAGAUCUGUAGUUUAAAUGCAAGAAAACAAAGGCUUAAGAAAAUUGGACUGUAGCUAGGAAAAAGUGGAGUAAAAUUUCUCCAAUCCUCUCCCAAAAGGUAUGCUCCAAGAAGAGGCUACUAGGCAAGCUUAAUGGAAGGCUUUCUGGGUCUCUCUCAUAAUUUAGAUAUAUGCUACCAGGUUUUGCCUUGCUGCCUUUUUCAUGUCCUUCCCCCACACUCAUUUCAAUGCCCAUUUGGCUUGGGAUACCACUACCUACUCAGUCUGCUCAUGUCCUUUCAUCCUUCAGGUCCUUCCCUUAAGCAUUCUUCUCCUAAACUGCCUGUAAAUCCCAGCCCUCCCUUCAAGACACAUCAACAAAAUAGAAGCGAGGAGGAAAGAGAAAUUAAACAAAAUGGGAAAUUAACGUAGCACCAGUCAAUCACUAGCUGUCUCCCACUUUCUAGCCUUAAUCUGUAUGUUGUUUGGGACAGUGACCCUUGUCUUGGUUGCCUGCCAAGUACUUGGCACACUUCUAAUGCUAAUAAACAAAUAUAUACCCAUCAGAGAGAGUUUACUGUCCAACUGAUAGGAGACCAUGUGGUUUAACUGAAGGAUUGUUUGUGUAUUUCCAAGAAGGGUAAGAAAACUUCCUACUUUGCUCUUUUUAUGUUAAAUUCUUCAAGCGAAAUCAUCUCUAGAUGCAAAGAAGGUUGAGAGAGCACUCAACUAAACAAGCUUCAUCUGCGUUCCAUACAAAAUUAAAUUAUUAUAUUUCCAGAUUUCUCCUUGCUUCUUUACAAGCCACAAUGAGGAAAAAAGUUAGACUCCUUUGAUGUGAAAAAAGCAAUAUAUCACUUCUCUGAAAGAACAAUUCUCAGUCUCUCAUGUGAAAAAGGAUUAACACCUCCAACAAAGGUCCUCUAGAUCACAGAACUAAGCAGCAAUACUGAACAGUAUUCCUGAGGAGUGGAAAAACUGUAUUUAAGCAAGAGAUUGUUUGAACUGGCAAACAGAAGCUUUUUAAUAGCUGAAGAUCUAAGAUAAAGGAUUAAACCAUUCUGAAGUAUCUACACUUAAACUACUCUAAAGACAAGGAAGCGAGUUUAAAUUCAUGAAAGACCAUCUUUGUUUUCCUAAAUGAACAGUGUUCUUUAGUAUCAAAAUAGAAUCUAUUCACUGCAUUGUAAACUAUAUAAACUUUAUUGCAAUACCAUAAAUCUAUUAGUGUGGUCUUGUUUAGGGUUUACUUUAUUGAAUUCUGAUUUGAUUUGAGCAGCUGCUGUGGACACAAUAUUUUGUCCACAUGUAAACUGAUCAUUAUUAAGAUAUUUUAACGUGGACAAAAUAAAGAAAUAUGCUGCUUAUCUAUUCUGUUAAAGAAUACUUGUUCAGUAUGUAUAAGAGGACCAUGUGAAAUAAAAUAUUAUAGCUUUAAGUGGCAAUUUGUAGCAUUUUCCCAUACAUAACUCUUAACUUGAUACUUCAUUGUUUCAUAACAGUAGGCAUUAUAUCUAAUAAACAUGUAUGUUGGUCUAAUACAUAUUAAAUGUUUGGAGCAGUAUUAAGCAGAAUUUUAUUUUAAAAACAAGCUUGAUAUCUACUGAUAUGUAAUUGAGAUGACAGCUCCAGAGAUUUGAGAUGGAUAUCAUUUGCUUGGGAUUAGAAUAGGAGGCCUAUUUUUUUUUUUUUUUUUGCCAUUUUCAUAUUUAGAAGUUAAGUGUAAGAAAAUGAAAUACCAUAGAACUUCUGUUAGAGCUCCUGAUUGUUUAACCAAACCUAUGCUUAACUUGCUGUCUAGAGAACUAAAUUACAGCAUUUUUUAUCUCAAAUAGCAAACAGGUAACCUUCUGACCUUUUCAGUAAAUCCCCAACUGAACCUUUGAAAGUAGGCUAGUUUUGCAUUUUAUGGCACAAAAUAAAAAUCUUAUUCUGUUAUAGAGUAUUCUGAACACACAUUUUAUUAAGCUCUUGACUCAUUCAACCAUGUGUAUUUUGUAAAGUUCCUAUGGUUAUUGUUUUACAAUAGCUGCUUCCAGAAGCAUUGUAAGGGUUUCAAUUAAUCAGCUCUUUGUGUGCUUCAGACUAUGCAAAUUUAUCACAUCAAGCCAUUCAGCAGCUCAUGGGAAAGCCAUGUACAAACUGUAUUGUCUUCUAGCGCCUCCUCUCAUUUAGAGUGAUGUUUUUAAUAAGCGAGCUAAUCAAGUUUACUUAUGCAUUAUUUAUCUGUUAAUUUUAAUUCUAUUCUUCUUUCUAUCCUAUGUCAACUGGGAUGUAGCAAGUGAUAUGAUAGAUCUGUAAAUGAUUCAGGUGUUGAAGAAAGCUAAUAUGAUUUAGCACUCUUCCCCCCCCACCCCGAAGUUGUGUAUAUAGUUGUGUAAUAAACAUGAUGGCUAAUUAGAGAAAUUUGAAGCAAACGUGCCUGGUACCAUAUAUCGAUUUGCAGAUUGGUCUAUAAAUCUGUUCUCCCCCAAAAUACUUUGUAACUAUAAAACAGCAAUUGUAUUUGAAAAGAGCCUUCUUAUUGGAAGUUUAGCCCAUCCCUUUAAUUCCAUUGUAUACUCUGUCAUUGGACACAUCUAGCACUGAAAAGUCCAGAGUGCACCUAUUAAGGAAUUAAGGAUAUUUUUCUAACCAUAUAAGAGUAAAGGAGCUAAACAAGUUCAUCCAGUAGUGGGCUUCUUCUCACCUCUCCAGCAGAAAUUAGUAGUAGUUCUGCUGGCACUUCUAGUCACUUAAGUUAGUCCUCUUUGCUCUCCAAUGUGCUGCCUGUUGACAGUAAUUAGGCUUUUACAUAUUAGGUUGUUUUGAAUUAAUUUUUUUAUUUGUGUGUGUGUGUGUGUGUGUGUGUGUGUGUGUGUGUUUUAUUUAUGGAAAGUAUCCAUAUGGUGGCUUGUUAAAGAGACUUACCCCUACUGCUGGAUAUUUUUAAUUGCUAAACAGUGUGUUUUAGAGUCAGGGCUGGCUCCAGGCACCAGCGCAGGAAGCAGAUGCUUGAGGCGGCCAAUGGAAAGGGGCGGCACAUCCAGGGUCUCCAGUGGCGGGUCCCUCAGUCCCUCUUGGAGGGAAGGACUGGCCACCGAAUUGCUGUCGAAGAAUGAAGCCGCGCAGUAGAGCUGCCACCGAUUGUGGCUUUUUUUUUCUUCGCCUCUUGGGGCGGCAAAAAAGCUGGCGCCACCCCUGUUUAGAGUGGUAUUCACAUCUGCUAACAAGCAAGGACAGCAACACAUAAGGGUAACAAAUUCUAGAGUUUUGAGUCUCUGUAGGUAGAAAAGUAAAAUCUCUCAAUAAAAAAGUGAAGAAAUCAAUGUAUCUUUAAGAUCUUGAUCUUGCAAAGAGAUCCACAUUGUGAGACCCAGUCCAUGAACAGAGUGAGAGUCCAUACAAAUUGACUUUAUGCCUACAUGCACCCCUUUGCAGGGUGGGGCCAAUAUGUAGUCAGGAAAUUAUCACACAUCUGAACACAGUAUGGCACCAGUUGAAGAACAGCUCCUAGUUAUUUUCUGUUCAGAAGAAAAGUUGCUUGAAAAGAUUUGAUUGCAAAGCAGGGGAGUACUUCUCAUUAAUUAAAUUUUUAAAAAUGCUGUUAGUUCAGUUUAUAAAAUCUAUAUUGAAAUAUUUGGAAUGACUGUUUCAGUAACAUCUUUUUUUUAAAAAAUUAAUUACAUUAUGUGUGAGUUUGACAACAAAUUCCUUGCAAAAGUUUGUUCCAGAAUUAAAGGUUUUUUUGGUUUUGUUUGGCUGGGUUUUUUUUUAAGUUGAGUGACAAGGCAGAGACCUAGAAAGCAUCUGGCAAUCUGCCUGCUUACAAAUAUGAGCCUAACAUAAGUCCACAUAUUUUUUAAAUAAAAAACAAGUUUCACUCCGUGUAGAGGAACACGUGCAGAAUCAUUUCCUGAACU